GUCACGGCUCGAAGGCCCCUUGUAGUGGCUGCUGUGUAGCGGUGAAGUUUCAGGUGAGGUCGGUGGGUUUUGGAGUUUAAUCAUGGCCCUGAGGGUGAUUCGCAUGGUCAUCCCGCCGGGACUCACGUCUCUGAGAACAGUUACUGCUGUUCGGAAGGCUGGGAUUCACACGACCACUGCAAGAAGACUUGAGUAUGGCUGGUUGGCAUAUAUCCUGGGGGAGAGGACCACCUCUCGGUUCACACAGCACAGCAAAAUCAUCACUGUCGAUGGCAACUUGGCAUCAGGGAAAGGCGCUGUGGCACAGAAGCUUGCUGAAAGACUGGGGAUGCUCUACAUGCCGGAAGCAGACACUUUCUACAUGGACAAGAUGACAGGAGAGAAGGAGCCCCUCUCCGUUGACUUUAAUGGAAUGUGUAGUCUUGAGGAGUUCUAUGUGAACCCCAAAGCCGCAGAUGGGAACAGUUUCAGACUGCAGUUGUGGAUGUACGUCAUGAGGAUGCUGCAGUACUCUGAUGCCAUGGAACACCUUCUCUCCACAGGUCAGGGUGUGGUUCUGGAGCGUUCCCCAUACAGUGAUCAUGUGUUUUUGGAUGCCAUGUUCAAAGAAGGUUACAUCAGAAAUGAAUGCGUGAGCCACUACAAUGAGAUAAAACACAUCAGCAUCUGUGAGUUCCUGCCUCCUCAUCUUGUCAUUUAUGUGGACCAGCCAGCUGAUGAGGUGCAGAAGAAACUGAAACAAAGUGGAAAGUCCUAUCUCCAGAAUGUGCCACUCUCAUAUUUGAAAGGCAUCGAGGACGGCUACAAAAAGUCUUUCUUGCCCAAAAUUAGUGAAACCUCUGAACUGCUGGUGUACAACGUCGACCAGGCUCAAGAUGUAGAGACGGUGGCUCAGGACAUCCAGUAUCUCAAGUUUGACAAGGGGCCGUGGCUUGAGCAGGACGAUGUGUCUUUGCAUCAUAUUCGGAUGCUAGUCCAAGACAAGAAUAAAGUGGCAGGCCUGACCCACAUACCGGUGUUCCUACCUGAGGUGACAAUCGGAGCCCACGAGUACGAUGAGAAAUUCCACGCAUACAAGUCGCUCCCCGGGAAGAAGUAUGCCCCGGGAUAUAACGCCGAUGUUGGCGACAAGUACAUCUGGCUGAAGUGAUCCAGGACUUGUGCAAGAUCUGAUCCAGUCCUCUGUUGUAAAUCCUUAAUAAAGUGUCUAAUUAAAAAAAAGAAAACAAACAAUCUGUCAAAUGAGAUAUUUUGUCUGGUACCCCAUCAAUUGUCCCGACACACACUGUUCAUGUAGUGGUGGACUCAUGAACCAUCAUGAACUGUGUCGUGGUUUUCCACUGGAAGUUAGUUAGUUCCUGAAGAAUGCUUUGA